GUGCAAAAAUUAUUAUAUGCAAGGCUUUUGUCAGAAAAUUUUUUACGCCAUCAUGGGUUUCAGUGCACAUCAUAUGGAUUACGUUUAUAAUUGGCUCAUUUCUGACUACCAUCCCAUUGGGGUCAGGCACGUGGGCGGGCACUUAUUUGCUACACAACUAAUUACAAAAAGGCCCACAAAAUUUGAUUUCAGAGAGUCUGGUAAUAUUGUCCGGUAUGGCCAACCGGUGCCGCCCGAGUACGACCUCUCGACCAUUAACUCCACAAACAUAGCGCUGAUAUACGCGGCCAACGAUUGGCUCAACGAUAUCAAAGACAUUGCGUACUUAAGGGUACACUUAAAGUACCCGACCCGACGUGGAAUCACAUGGAGCUGA